AUGGCGGAUACAGCAGUGACAUCUCAGGAACAGGAGCCCGAGACAAAUGUGUGUCCUACUUUAGAGGAACUGCAAAGCAUUCUGAACAGCAAGCGUACAUGUUUCGCUCAUCAUGUGGAUGAAGUGUGGCCCAAUCUCUACUUAGGAGAUCUGUGAGUAUAAAAUUAUUCUUAUAAAAAGUGCUGAUAAGCAUCUGAAGGUAUAGUACUGUCAGGGCCGGACUGGGAAGAAAAUUUGGCCCGGGCAUUUUUUAAUUACAGCGGCCUACUAUAAAGGGGGCGGGGCCAGAAAGGGUGUGUUUUGUCAUCACCAAUGACUAGUACGCCCCAUCACAAAGUGAGCAUGUUGGUUCAAUGCUCUUUCAGGGUAGACCAUACGCAGAGCUCUGCUGAAGAGCUCUAGCAUGAGAAAAAGACCCUCUAUGUGUUUUGCACAGCGCAAGCAAAUUUUACUUGCUUGCACUGUGUUUGCUUGAAAAUUGUCUCUGGUGUCUCCAUAGAUAGGAUCCCAGGAGACAAAAAUGCUAGGAAAGCGUAUUGUGCAGUGUGUGUGAGGGUGCUGUGUGUGUGUGUGUAAGGGGUGUAGUGUGUGUGCAAGAGGGGUGCAGUGUGUGUGUGCUGUGUGUGAGUGAUUGGUGCUGUGUUUGUGUGAUGGUGCUAUGUGGGUAAAGGUGCUGUGUGUGUGAUGGGUGCAGUGUCUGUGUGCUGUGUGUGAGUGAUGGGUGCUGUGUUUGCGUGAGGGUGCUAUGUUGGUAAAGGUGCUGUGUGUGAUGGGUGCAGUGUGUGUGUGCUGUGUGUGAGUGAUGAGUGCUGUGUUUGCGUGAGGGUGCUAAGUGCAUGUGAGGAAGCUGUGUGUGAGGGUGCUGUGGUUGUGUGUGUGAGGGUGCUGUGAGUGUCAGGUGUUCAGUGUGUGUUUGUGUGAGUGAGGGUGCGGUCCGUGUCAGGGGUGCAGUGUGUGUGUGUGCUGUGAGUGUCAGGGGUGCAGUGUGUGUGUGUGAGUCAAGGUGCUGUGAGUGUGAGGGGAACAGUGUGUGUGUGUGAGUGAGGGUGCUGUGAGUGUCAGGGGUGCAGUGUAUGUGUGUGUGAGUGAGGGUGCUAUGAGUGUCAGGGGUGCAGUGUGUGUGAGGGUGCUCUGAGUGUCAGGAGUGCAGGGUAUGUGUGAGUGAGUGAGGGUGCUGUGAGUGGUUAUUUCCCCUCUCCCUUCUUACAUUUAGCCUGGGAGGGGGGAUCCUUCUGCUGCUGCAAUCCCUGGUGGUCCUAGUGGUGAGUGAACUCUAGCCUGUGGGACUAGAAUUCACUCUCGCGAGAACUGAAGCCUUGCCAUGGCAACGCUCCGAAUCUCGCGAGAGAAACCCGACGGAGUUGUAAGCUAGAGCUCCUCCGGGUUCCUCUCCUGUCUCCCUCCCUCUCUCUCUCCCCCGCCAGCCGCAAUAUACUACAUGUCGGCCGGUGAGGGAGAUCUUUGAUCUCCCCACCUGUCCGCCAUGGAAUGCAGCAGGGCCGGCGCUCAGAUAGUACAGGCCCUGCAUAGACCGACAGAGGAGAUCCUGUGAUGUCCCCUGCCGGAGGCAUUUGCCCGGUGUGCCCGAUGGCCAGUCCGGGCCUGAGUACUGUCAUUUAGUUUGCUAAUCUAAAAUGGAUUUGCUUGGUGCUAUGUAAGCUCUUGUGAUCUUUUGAGAAUGCAAAAAAGCUCAGAAUGUUGAAAAUAUUUGUAUUUUUUAGGAAAUUAUUCAACUCCUUUCAAUUUGUUUAAAUUAUAGUUUCAGUCAUCUGGUGUUGAGAUGGCAUUGGUAAAAAGGACACUAUAGGCACCCAGACCACUUCAUAGUGAUGAAGUGUUAUGGGUGCCGUGUUCUUGCAGUUUUAACCCUGCAAUUAAAAACACUGCUGUUUUGCAGGAACGGCAAUGUUUACAUUGCAUGGUUUAGAUGCCUCUCUCGGACAGCCACUUGAGGUGCUUCUGUCAAAAUUUAUCAGAUGGUCACACAGAGACUGUCUGAUCGGCACAGCACAACAUUUUGUUGUGCAUGCAAACUAGCCUCCCAAUGCUUUUUAAUGGGAAAGCAUUGGCUUGGCAGAGAUUGUCAAGACUGGUGAUCUCAGCCAAGGAGGCUUGGUGACCACAGAAAGAGCUGUGUGGCUUGGGAGAAAUUAUAUGUAAAUUACCUUUUUAACCCUUGUAGGGGAGGUGCAUUUUUAUUCCUAAUAUUAUAGUGCUCCUUCCUAGUGAAUGAUAAAAAUAAAUGGUGUUUCAGACUCAGAGUUAAUGUUACAAGAAACAAAAUGUAUUUCUCCACCUCCAGUUCUCCACAAAAACCAUAGAUUAUUUAGCAUUCAGUGGUAUAAUAAAAUAUGUGGUGUUCCUCUUACUCUACAUAAUUCUGAUGGACGCCGUCUUGCUUUAAAACAGUGCACAAUGUGUUGUAAUCACUUAUGUUUUCAGGAACAAGAGUUCCGGCCUGGCUCAUGUCAAUUCUGUGCAUAUUUUUAUGCACAGAAUGUCAUUUAUUGGCUGGGAGUGGUCAGCUGACUUUCUCAGCCAAUGAACAGCAACAGGAUUGGAACCCAGUUUCUGUAGCUCUGCAGAAGCCUGAUGCAUGUCACCAUAUCAAUUUGACCCCAAACGAUGCACAAUAAAACCCUCAAAGCUGGAUGCAAAAAAAUCUAUAAAAUCAUUUUAAAGGUUUAUCCAAAAAAUAUUUAACCAUUUGAAAAGAUUGUCCAACAAUAUUAAAUUGAGGCCAUAAUUUAACAAAUUUGCAGGUGACAACUUCUAGGUCAUCAGCAUAGUGAUGAAAAAUUUAGAAAGUAGCAAGUACAACAUUACACAAUUUACAGCUUAAAUGGUAUUUGUAUUCUAGUGUGGCUAGCACUUCAACAUUUGUUGGUGCUGUAAGAAAAAUGAUUGUCUUUCUUCCUUCAGUUCCACAGCUAAUAACAGGUUUGAACUGUGGAAAAUGGGAAUUACACAUGUGCUGAAUGCUGCUCAUGGGAACAGAUUUUCGGAGGGCAAUCCGGACUUUUAUGGUUCAAGGAUCUAUUAUCAUGGAGUUCCUGCGUAUGACCUGCCAGAUUUUGACAUGAGCAAAUAUUUCUACUCUGCCUCAGAGUUUAUCCACAAGGCUCUCAACAACACUGAAGGUACAGUAAAAUAAAUGCCUCACAAAUGUGUCUUUCACUGAAAGUUAUAGUAUUCAGCCAUCCUAGGUAUAUCAGAAGAAAUCUAGGGUAGAACUAGUCUACAAAAUCUGUUCGAAUUUGUGUUGUUUUUUGUUUUUCUUUUCUUUUUAAAAAAUUCUUUAUUUUUGAAGUGCAGAUAAUUACACACUAUCUCGUCAUGCCCCAACAGCAAGCGACAAUGGAAACAAGUUACACAGCUUGUAAGCAUCAAGGCAUUGGUAAAAAAACAUGCACAUUUUUUUUUUCUACGGUAUAACGACAUGAUUAGGAACAAGCUUAGUAGUACUUUCCUAGAGCUAUAUUAUAACGUAGGUUCGUUUUGUAUAGGAAAAUAGACAAGAUUAUAUCGUGAGCUUCACUAUCACAAAAGGAAAACAGUAGCUUAGGUUCACCGAUUGGUAUCACAAUUUUAGGUAAAGUAGGGAGAUAGGUCAUGCUAUAACAUUGCAUUUUGUGAUUAGGUUGAGCGCACUUGGCUUAGUGUCUGGCUGUACCUGCUUUUGUGAGCAAUGUGGUGAGACAAGGAAACAUAUGGUGAUAUUACUCAUAUUCUGCUUAUUUACAGUACAAAAGGGAAUAACGAAAUAAUAAAACAAGAACACUAAACUAUUGUUGUACGGUCAGGAGGUGUUUAAGACAUUUGUGUGGUGUCAUAUUUGGAGUGCAUAUCUACAAGGGCCUGCAUAGCCACAGGAGCAGGUGCUAGCCCAUUUAUAUCUCCAACAUUUAUAAUUCUAUGUUUUUGUGUGCAAAAGGUUACAGGCAUUUGUAUCUCGCCACAACAGCGUUUGCAAUCAUCACAUCGGUAUAUAGGUUCAGACUGUAGUAAGGCAAUUGUGAGUACUGCACAUUUUUAUUUUAUGAUAUAGUAAAGCUAUUAAGUGAAUAGAUGUUGUUGGUAAUGAUUGUGUUAAGGUGUGCAAACCGUCAUAUCAGGAGCAAGCGAUGUAUUAUAGCAGGAGUAUUAUGUGGUAACCUAUGUGUAUUAGUAGUUUGUUGCGUCUGGUGUACUGGUUUUCUUGUUUAACCAAACAGGUUUAGUGUGAUCCACUUUGAAGCGGUGGGGAGGCAUAACGGGACUGUGCAAGAAUGACAACCUAUGUACAUAAUAGCUUAUAGCAAAAAGGAGGGCUCUUAUCUGUGGAUGAAGUCAGACCCCUUAUGAUAAGUGUGGGAUGCCGAUUAGCGUGUGGUAAAGCGGGGUUUAACAGUGUGGUCUGGAGCCUGGUGUUUCACAUUUGUAUUAUCAGUGCGUCCCUGAACAGCAGCAUGUAUGUACUCAUGUGGAUGUGCCCCGCUGUUCUCAGGGGACGUGUUAGGGACCUACCCUGUGAGUGCGCUCUACCUAUUGAGGUAAGGAGUGCCGCACUGCAUUCUAAGGAGUAUGCUGCGGGUGUAAUGAUAGCGGCUGGUUUAAGUGCGGCCCAGUGUGAGUGAGACCUAUAAUAUAAGGAGAGAAUAUAACAAAAAAUAAAACUGCAACUGUUUAAAGUUCAUGCGGUUAGAGCAGGAGGGUUGGUAUGGGGCUCUCUACGUAGACCGGCGGCUGAAGUUGAAGUAGUGGCAGCCUUGUGGGAGUCCACUAAGGAUCUUCGCUGAUCAAAUGGAGCCGUGACGGCCGGGUCUCAGACCUGCGUUGUGGCCGCCGUCCUAAGAGAGUCUUGUGGAAGACCCAAAGUCUCUAAGAUGGCCACUGCCCCUUCGAGGUCCUGGACAGGGUAAGAAAUGUUGCCUUGGAGGACAGCUAGAGUGCGGGAUCCUUUCCAUCUGUAGGUUAUGCUUCGUUCACGAAGGAGCAAUGUUAAGGGCUGUACUGUUUUGCGCCAUGCCAGAGUGCUCCCUGAUAAGUCAGCGAAAAAGGUAAGUGGUGAGUUCUUAAAGUUGUAGGGGGUUUUUCCCUUUAGUGCUCCCAGAACUGCUGCUUUGUCUUGCAGUUAUUAGCCGUCUUAUGAGAUGCAGCAGCUCCGCGUCGGGGACCGAUUCUGCUGCUCCCCUGAUUUUAAGGUUUUUGUUAUGCCUGGAAUCCUCCAGUUUUGCAAACUGCUGUUCUGUGGCAGUAUGUUGUCUUCGCAGUGUGUGAACCUCUUGUUGUAAUUGAAUGAGUUGUGCCUUCACAUUGUGGGAGUCACUUUCCAAGUUUCCCAUGCGGCCAGACAGACCUUGUAGAUCUUUAAGAAUGGUGCCAUAUCCAUUUGGAUAUCUCUCCACAGGCCCGCCAGCAGCUCCUGUAUGUCUGCCUUGGUGACUUGUGUUGAGUCCAGUUUUGAGGUUGCAGGUACCGGGAUCCAGUUUAGCUCUCGCGGAGCAGGUGAGUGAGGAUCCCCAGGCUCCAAACUUUGGUCGUCCGAGAAGUCAGAGCUCUCUCCCAUGUAGGCGGCCAUCCUGGCCAGUGAGGCGCCAUGUGCCUGCCGCAAUAAGUCGCCGAUGCUCGUACCCGGUUUCGGCUUGUCUGGCCUCUGAUUUUAAUUUUUUGAACUGGGCUGCAUGGGGGUCCAGGUGGGGUCUAUUUGUUUGGGGUUGGGGUCGAUAAAGACUCGGUAAAUAGGCCUAUGGUUACGGAGCAUAUCAGGCGUGUGACCGUUUAAUUCAGUAGCUUAGCUCCGCCUUCCGUUGUUGUUUUCUUUUAAAUGUAUAUCAACUGCUUCUCUACUUAAAAUCAGUAUACAUUUUUAUUUUCACGAUUUUGCAAAAUUAAAUCUAGUAGGAGCCUCACGUACUCUUGUUUAUAUUUCAGUUAUGAUUACCAACAUGUAGAGGAACACAUUUCUCUGUCAGAAGUCACUAGUCACCGAUACAAUCGAUACAAUCCCUGCUCACCUCAUGCUUUCAAAUAGUACAGGAAGUUUCAGUGGGUCAUAUCAUUCCUACAUUAAAAGAGAGGGGAGGAGUAAGUAGGUUAUAUAAUUUUACUAUUGGCAUUACACUAGCAGUCUAGAGAUUGAUGAUUCUUUUAGCAGUUUUAAAUAUACUUAUUUUACAAAUAUAUGAUUUAACUGUAUUUACUGUAUGUGAGCAUUAUGUUCCAAUGCAAGCAAUUCUUUGCCAUUUCUAAUAAGCUGUAUGGCUAAUAGUGCGUUUUAGGGUCCUUCCAUAAAGGAAGGUAUUUGACUAUUUUUAUUUAUCUAUUUUCAUCACAUUUACUGUAUUUGAGAAAAUAAAAUUUUUGUGUUACACUGUAUACUGUCUAAAUAUUUUUAUUUUCUAAAUAAUUUUUUUUUUUAAUUCUUUAUUUUUGUAGUGCAUAAAGAGAUUAAACUUACCAGCUUGUAAUGCCUCAACAUUCGUGAAAGCACAGCUACAAUGACAGUGAAAUAGACAUGUGGCAUUGUGGAUUGACAGCACUAAUUUUACAUUUUAAUAGUCGGUUCAGGCUAGUCACAUAUCUUUGGUGCUUGGGUGAAAUUUGGUGAUUAAACUAGCAAUACAAUCAAGACAUCAGAUUAAUAUCAUGAUGAUAAUAAUAUGGAAAACACGCUUAACUACAGUGUUGUUCCGUUAAGAUAGUUAAAAAGAUAGAUGACAAAUGCACCAGCUCUGUUAUAGCUAAACUAAGCUUAAACCCCUUAUGAGCAGUGAGCUAGGAUGCAGCGUGAGCUUGAGAUAAGUAAGACAUCCCAGAGGCUCCCAAUUAAAAAGUGAGUGCCUUGGUAUACCCUCUCCCCAUAAAGAAAGCAGACCCAGAAAAUAACAGUAUGAAAGGGUAAACACAAGUAGUAUGCAGUGUAUUUGAGACUGGUGGAAUUUGAGCAGUCCCAUACGAGUCUCAGUCCCAGUUCACCCCAUGCCCCUCUUGGGUAGCUCAGAGACACGUUGUGGUAAGGUGACUUAGAAGCCCAAGUGGAGGUCUCAUUAACUGCAGGUUGGGACGUGGAUAAGGGCUUGGUUCUUAUCUCAAUGAGCCUUCCAUCCAUCGUCUUUCAUGGGCGUGAAAAGGGGUGUAGAACUGCUUGCGCAGGCCACAUAGUAUAUUGUGUCUGGCUGCCUUCAUUCUGCGUCUGCCUGGGCGCCUCCGCCAUGUUCGGGAUUGUCGUGGUCCUGGAGGGGGGUAAUGGGCCACCAAGAAUGGUGAGCUGGGUCCGGUGACGCCUUUACUUUACUUAUUACUUUUUUAUUUUAAUCCCAAAAUGAUAAGGGAGCUAUCUACUAAGAAGCUGAAAUGCUAAAAUUACGAAAAGCCCUUACUUUUCAUAAUUUUGGUCUUUCAGACAACUUUCCUAAUACUACGUAAAAUAAUACUUAGUAGUAGUAGUAAGUAAGGGAAGUUAAAUCUUCCCUUCUGCCCCACUUGUCGUGUUAGGGGCAUGUCUACUAAACAGCAGCCACUGCUGCCCAGUCAAAAAUCUAAUACAGGGCACCUACUAAAAUAAGCCACCCCAGCCCCCACCUACUGGCGGCCCUAAAUUAUAAGAGGUAGUGUACCUACUGUCUGUCCCCAGCCCCCACCCAAUGGCAGCAAGGAAGAGAUUUAAGUAAUAAACUAAAUACCUGUAAACUAAAUAUUAACACUUACCAUUAGAUAUCUUUUCUUCCAUCUUCUUUCCUCAGCCCCCAAAAAGGACAAAUAAAAAUGAUGUCACAAGUAUUAAAAUAAGAAAAGGACUGUAUCGCAACCCCCCCAUCCCCCUCCCCAAAAAAAUCCAGACAAAAAAAUGAUCCAGCUGUACCCCAUGAGCUUGCAGGGAGGGUAAAGUCUUUAUAAUUGCAUGCCGUUAAAUUUGACUAAGAGCAGUCUCAUUGGUUGGCUUAAGCUUAAAUCUUGAAACUUGCCUGUCAGUCUCAAGGAUAAGGCUGGAGGCCCCAAUUUAUUUCAAUGACUUCCAACCAUGGGGAGAACACUAAGUUCACCCCAGUUAAUUAUUUUAGUAGGUGCCCCAACAUGGGGCCAUGCCUGACCUAUGCCAGGUCCCCUUUUAUUGGAUUAACGAAUGGGCAGCCAUAGCUCAUACCUAUAUCAUAUGGUUCACAUAUAUAUAUCCUCUCUGUAUUAACCAUUUCACACAUAACAAAUACAAUUAUCCAAGUAUGCAAUGUAACAGUGUUAAUAUUUUUCUCUGACAGCCAGGGUGCUGGUUCACUGUGUCGUUGGCAUCAGCAGGUCGGCCACACUAGUCCUGGCUUAUAUUAUGAUCCAUCACAACCUUUCCCUUAUGGAGGCAAUCAAGAAGGUACAGCAAAAUCGCUGGAUAUCACCCAAUCCUGGAUUUCUACGUCAGCUACUAAACCUGCAUAAAGAACUCCACCUGGUCAGGCAGCAUCAGCAUCAGGCAAAUGCACAGGAAGACAAAAGCUGA